AAAAAAAAAAAAGCUGCCAAACGUGUUUUGUUAGUAUGAACGACAUGGCCGACCAUAGUGCAGAACUAAAGCGGCGAUUUCCUGGUCGUUCUGAUCAGAUAGAUACUCUGCUGAGUCUAAUGGGAAGGCCGGCCGAUCCAACUGUACCUUCUAUCUUGAUAUACGGCCACUCAUCGUCUGGAAAAACCAGUCUUGUUCGUGAUUUACUAUCUACAACCAUCGCACGGAAACAAUGGGCUUAUAUCAAUUGCAUCGAACGUCACACCCCUCGAAUGAUGUUCGAACACGCUGUGAAUGAAUGGUGUAGUUGGUCGCCAUCGUGGGAUAACCAGUUCACCUCAAUUGCUCGCAUCGACAACUUGAACGAUUUUUUAUGUGUUUUGAAGGAAGGAGUGCCUCUCAAUCAGCAUAGUACGGAAAUGAUCGGCGACAAAGAAACUCGAUACCUGGUACUUGAUCGUGCCGAGCGUUUACGAGAUAUGGGAGCUACGAUCUUACCUGCGUUACUUCGGCUUUCUGAAAUUUCACAACGCAAUAUCUGUGUCAUACUACUCUCAACUAUUGUUUACGAAAAGUUUCGAACUAAAUCUGGGUCGUAUGAACCACUCGUCAUUCGAUUUCCCGAGUAUUCCAAGGAGGAUACGUUGCAGAUCUUACGUCGUGAUUUCUCAGAAGAUGGAAUGGACAUCGAGGUUGAGGACAAGGGGACCGUGCAUUUGAACGACGACUUUUUCCGAUCCUUUUCCGAGGUGAUCUAUUCGAUCUUUUUUCAAAAUUGCAAGGAUCUGAAUGAGCUUAGACACCUUGUUGCUCUUUUAUUUCCUCUGUUUAUCAACCCAAUACGCGAUGGAAGAGCUAAAACUCAUGAGACGGCCAAGCUUUUCAAAUUGGCACAACCAUACUUUGCCGAAGCAACCGAUAAGCUGUAUCUGCGUGAAAUCUCCAGUUCAGAAUGGGCCAAGCGAACGUCGGAAAUGGCAGAUGCAAAAACUACAACAUCUCAUACAGUGGACGCAUCCGUGAUAGCUGCUAUACGGACGAAUGCAAAAGGCGAUUUUGAUCUACCGUAUUAUACCAAGUUUUUGCUUAUAGCAUCGUACCUUGCAUCUUAUAAUCCGCCUAGGUUCGAUGUACGGUACUUUGCAAAGGUCGCGGAUGAAAAGAAAAAGAAAAAGAGAGGUAUCCAUAAAUCAGCGUCCGACAAGAGUGGAGGAAAGAUGAGACAACAACUAUUGGGUCCAAAAGCCUUCCCUGUAGAACGUAUGCUGGCAAUUUUCUACAGUAUCAUUGACGAUAAACUGGAUGAUGCCAUUGAUAUUCCUGUUCAGAUCACAAGUUUAACAACGCUGCGCUUGCUGCUUCGAACUACGAAUAUGGACAAAUUGGAUGGAGCAAAGUACAAGUGCAAUGUAUCAUUCGACUUCAUCCGCGGUGUUGCUCGAAGUGUCCGAUUUGAAAUCGACAAGUACCUGUUUGAUUUUAUCUAAUGCGUUCUUCGCUUCGCACAGCAUAUACCCCCCGCAACUUUUUUUUUUUUCCUUGCGUGUACAUUGUUUUUCUUGGUUUGGUUUGGUUUGUAAUAAUUGAUUAUAUGUGUCCAUUGAUAUGGUUGUAUGUAGUGAUGAAACGAAUCGAAAAAGUACAAGUAGUUGAGUGCAUGUAUAGCGAGGUGGUAGUAAAGAACGAGACGGAAAUGUGGAUAGUAGCUAGAGUAAGGUAGAAAGGCUGGUAUGGUAGGUACUAUGAUGACGAUGGUCGCAGCUCCAGCUUCAACCCAACAAAAAAAAAAAAGAGGGAGGUGUUAAAAUUGCUGGCGGAUCAGAUCAGACACGGUGGAGGGAACUUACAAAGAGGAAGGCACUUUUGAUAGGGUUAGCGAUGGU